AUGCAGGAGCUCACGCCCCUCCCAGCCCCGAGCCUAUACCUCCCGCCUUCGUCGGCGACGGUGCGUGUACAGGCAAUUGACACAACCACGCGCAUGGUCUGUGACGCUCGCGCCUUCGUUGAUCCGCCUAUUUCUGGCCAUGAGAAGCUCAAUUUCAAAACCAUGUGCUUUCUGGUGGAGCACAUGACAUCAGCUGGGCCCGAAUACGUCCUGUUCGACUGUGGCUCUCGCAAGGACUUUUGGAAUGGCUCGCCCCAGACGAAGAGGAUGAUCGGAGGCCACGUCCCUGCAGUCCAUAUUGACAAGGGGGUCGACGAGAUCCUCACCUGCGCUGGCUUUGACUUGGCAGACUUGAAGGCAAUUGUGUGGAGUCAUUGGCACUGGGACCAUAUUGGUGACGGGUCUAAAUUCCCACCCACAACAGAUAUCGUAGUCGGACCUGGAUUCACCGACGAGUUUGUCCCGGGAUGGCCGGAGAACCCAGAGAGCUUUGUUCUGGCCAGCGAUUUAGAGGGGCACCGGAUAUAUGAGCCUGAGUUCCCUAUGACAGUCGCCGGUUUUGCCGCUCACGACUACUUCGGUGAUGGUUCCUUCUACCUGCUAGACGUUCCGGGGCAUGCUCUUGGACAUAUCUGCGGACUAGCGCGGACGACUCCAGACACAUUCGUCUUUAUGGGGGGCGAUUGCUGUCACUAUGCUGGCGCUUUUAGACCAACACCCUACAUGCCGCUGCCAUCAAAUAUUCCCACCGAGGAACUCGAUAGCUAUUAUCCUCGUCCUUGCCCCUGUUCUGCCUUUACAAUUCACCACCCUGCAUCAAAUGACGACGGCAAGGCACGGUCUAAGGAAUCACGGAUACAGCCGUUUUACAACAUUUCACGCGAGCCGGGCAGCGCUUACAGCUUUGGCGAUGUCGCUCAGUCCAGCGUCAACAUGCUCCAGCCUUUGGAUGCCCACCCGGGAGUCUUCAUCUGCCUUGCCCAUGAUGAUGUUCUUUUCAAUAUUCUCCCGCUACUAAAUCACGAACCGACUGCAGACAUCAACGACUGGAAAGGUUUAGGAUACAAAGAGAGAUCUCGUUGGGCAUUUCUCAAUGAACUUCCGAAAGGCGGCAAGCCAGGACGCCAACCCCUUGUUGAUGGGCUGUGGCGUAAUGGGAAGCGGAUCGUAUGGAAGCCAGACUGUGGGUUCGUCGAUGUUGAGAAAUAG